GUCGUAUACUGGAAAGGAGUCUAUUUCAUUUGAAUGACGUCAGAGCUUUUAUUUAUAGUUAAAAACAUGCAAACGCUUUUUUUUUGUGUUGUCGGCUGCCUGCUGAUGUAGCCUAGUGCGUGUCACUGAACAACUGUGUGGCGCAGAGAGAGGGAGAGAGAGAGAGAGAGGCUAUUCACCUCCAACCGGCACCAGCACAAUGCAUUAUCUGAGCAGGUUGUACGGUGCAUUCUAAACAGAUAGCGGCACAGACUGUUCAGAGUCUUGAGUAACGGAAGAGGAAGGCAGCCUUUUAGCAGCCUACCACUACGCAUGUUGACGCUAUACUCUGUAACAAUCCCCUGUUUUCUCUCGCUCUGUUCGUCUUUAUCGAGGACUGCGAAGGACGAACGGGAAAGUCAAAAAAGUAUUCGUUGUGAUAGUCACAUGACCUACAGAAUUUACAAGCUGUCAGUACCGGCUCACGGAAUGGAAAAGCUGUCCGGUCGGCUUCGGAGCCACUUGAAACGAAUUGGGUAAUAACGGAAGGUCUUCAUACUGGAAAACAAAAACAAAUGGCAGAAUAGAUGAACACGAAUUUACACGAACACGGCUCCAUUCAUGUGUGAACUAUUUUCCCAUUAGGUAAGACAAACCUGCAUAUUUGAACGGACGUGAGUGACCUUGUUUCAAGGGCUAGAGUUACGGCAACAUCCUGUUUCUCUCUACAUUCUCCGGGGGAUUUAUUUGGCACCAAUGGCGACUUUGAUCAAAUUAAACCGGGAGGAGAAUUCUGGACUAAAGACCGUGAAUAAUAAAUAGCGCGCUCAACCGUGUGAAGUUCCUCUGAUAGCCCCGCCUACCCCACCCAGCAUGACCCACCUGACCUAGUUUCAGAGGGAUGACAUUUCGAGUACCGGAACCUGUCUUUUGGCUUUGAAAGACAACAAUUGACGUUCAACUCCAUUGAACCUUGAAGGACGUGAAAUGAGACGUAUUUGUUUCUUCUCCCUGUACCUUUCACUCAGUUUGCCGAUGAAUAACGGAAACGAUGCGUUAUUCUAAAGGCAGCGUUAAUGUGUAUUAGGCAAUGAUAGCCUAUAUCAAGGUCUUGAUUGCUGGAUGUGUCUAAUCUUUUGGAUUUACCCCGGGGGUCAAGAAACAACUGAGAGGAGACAUAAUUAUCACGAGUGUCCCUCUGAAGCACUGGAUUUAAGUUCAUUUCCUGUAUAGGCUACCUCUGUAAUUUCCUGUAUUAACACCUGACAUUUUUUUUUAAAUUUCACGUGGGAAUAAUAAUUCUACUGACUCAGGGAAUGUCAUGCUCAUGAAAACCAUUUUCAUUAAUGGUGCUAUAAGGAUGCCACUUUAUGAAACUUGCAUUUGGUUUUGACACUGUUGUUGAGAUCAAAGGUUUGCAUGAGAAGGGAAUUUUUGACAACGAGAAAGGAAUUGACAGGAAAUCAUCGGGGAUUAUGACAUCAGAUGCUGUGUGUCAAUAAUCAAGAGGACCGUGCUGUGAUUGACAGCUAGAUCAAUAAAAACAUAGCAGCCAAGAGGAUCUGAGGGCAUUAUUAUGGCAAUGACGACAAAACAACAAGUGCUUUUAAGGACAGAGCAAGUAGAGCGUGUUCAACCUCUCAACAGAGAUUUAUUGGAGCCAACCAAUCAUCAAACAUUCCGUCCUUCUCCUCGUCCAAUCAUGUUCUUGAAUUGCGGCCAAUUGCUGCCACCUCUGCUGCGGCACGCGGAUGUCCCAGCCCGCAUCACUGAGAGCUUCAUACUGUCCGGUUACCGCUUCCCCAACUACAGCCUCGCCCAAUGCCUGCUCUCGGCCUUUCAGCCCACCAAUGAGACCGGCAACUUCUGGACCCAUUUCCUGCCAGUCUUCGUCUUUGCCUUCUACUUCCUGGAGCCGUUCGGUUUGGAGGGCGCUCCGCCCACCUCCGACCCUUUCUUCUACCCGCUGUGGAACUACUUCAUGGGGGUGUUGUGCCUGCUGAUGGCUAGCAGCAUGGCUCACCUCCUCAACUCCAUGUCUCUGGUCAUAAGGGAGGUGUGUUUUUUUGUGGAUUAUGGAACCAUCAGUGCUUACACCGUCGGGUCUUCGUUGGCCUAUUACUACUAUAUUCACCCCAGAGCGGGGAUCCUGGAAUUGGGGAUUGGGAGACACAACAACACCCACCAGGACCCUUCUUCGUCAUCGUCAUCAUUGUCCUCGGCCAUGCCAGAGUUCAGCGUGUUUUUCGAGACCUUGUACAUCCCCAGCUCCUGCCUGGUCGCCAUCAUCUGUGUCUUGGCCUGCUGCAACACCCGCCAGCGCUGGAGGACCUACCGCUACAUCAUACGUACCCUGGUAUUCCUUCUGCCCUUCCUCGUGGCCUCCACGCCCAUCUUCUACCGCCUCCUCCACUCCUCCCCCUACCUGCCGACCUCCUCCUCCUUCUCCUCCUCCGCCUCCAUGGCCCAGUUCUUCUGCCGACACUGCUUCUGGCUGGUGGUGUCAGCCCUGUUCAACAUUAGCAAGAUCCCUGAGCGACUGUCACCGGGUAGGUUUGAUAUCUGGGGGCAUAGUCACCAGUGGUUCCACGUCUGCACCUUCCUGUCCAUUCUCGAUGAACUUCAUAUGAUCAACGGGGAGGUGAGGGCUAUACUCCUUCACCCAGUCCUGGUGGUGCCCCCGGCCACCCCUCCACACCUCCCCGGCCCCACCUUAGCCUCCACCUACGGGGUGAUGCUGGUCCUCCAGGCCUCCAUCGCCUCCAUCAUCGCCUGGUUCUCCUGGUGCGCCAACAGCAUCUACAAACCCCAGGGAGACCAGUUGGAGAAAGAGUUCCUCUCUAAGAGACAUCUAAAGUGUCACUGAUGUGGGAUCUGAUUUGACGAAGAGCUCUGAUUUGAUUUCCAGACGUAGGCCAGUCAGCUCGUAGAUUAAUUUACUUAAUUUAUUUUAUCACUUGAACAAUGCAGCUCCAUAUCGUUUAUGGAGGUUAGAGAGGAUACCACUCACGUAAUAUAAAAAAGUAGCGUGUGUUUUCAUGUAUUGGUUUUCAUUUGUAGUCACUCUGUAACAUUCACUAGUUCUGUAUCCUACUUUGUCUUCACCUUCACCCAGUGGUUUCCCCAUUUCCCUUCUCCCUGGACUGUGUGGGUAACUUUAGCUUUGAAAGGGUCAGCUAAUAUUCAAGGGGUUUUGUUUUUCAAGUUCACCAUGGGGGGGGUCCUAUUUGGUCCCCUGGAUUAGGCACAGUGUUUUGUGGGGUUGGAACACCUUGGGGGUUCAGUCAAGUCCCCCGGGGUUCAGUCAUGUCGCCCGGGGUUCAGUCAAGUCGCCUGGGGUUCAGUCAUGUCGCCUGGGGUUCAGUCAUGUCGCCUGGGGUUCAGUCAAGUCCCCCGGGGUUCAGUCAUGUCGCCCGGGGUUCAGUCAUGUCACCUGGGGUUCAGUCAAGUCCCUUGGGGUUCAGUCAAGUCCCCUGGGGUUCAGUCAUGUCGCCUGGGGUUCAGUCAUGUCACCUGGGGUUCAGUCAAGUCCCCCGGGGUUCAGUCAUGUCGCCUGGGGUUCAGUCAUGUCGCCUGGGGUUCAGUCAAGUCCCCCGGGGUUCAGUCAUGUCGCCUGGGGUUCAGUCAAGUCCCCUGGGGUUCAGUCAUGUCGCCUGGGGUUCAGUCAAGUCCCCUGGGGUUCAGUCAAGUCCCCUGGGGUUCAGUCAAGUCCCCUGGGGUUCAGUCAUGUCGCCUGGGGUUCAGUCAAGUCCCCUGGGGUUCCAGGACUCACAUUCUGUUCUAGAAUAAGACGAUAAUUCUAUUCCUUAAGGGGGGUUUAAGGUAGAGGACAUUGGAAAGGUAUUGUUACCCAAUGCCCUUUAAAUGUCACAGUGAGAUUUAAGAAA